UGUCUUGCCUUCUCUGCCGUGGGCUGGCGACGCAGAAAGCAGCCGUCAUUCAGUAGAAAUGCUAUGCUGAUCCGGAGCGGAUCCCUCAGUCACCGGAUCAGGAGCAGCUGCUCGGGCAGUCGGUGCUAUUUUCACCCUGUGGAUAAAGUGAUGUGCACACCGCGUUCACACGUCAGGCUGCCAGGAUGAAGUCCACAAACAGCGAGCGCACCGACUGCUUCGCGUCGGACCCAGACGACCCGGAAAGCGAGAGCGACGGUUCGGAUGGGAAGUCCACUGGCACCCGCAGCCCACGCCGCGGAAAGGAACCGGAACCUGUCAGGCGGAGGUGUCGGCGGAGAACCGGCACAGAGGCGCGUCUACCUGGUGUGAGUAAACAGAGGCAGGCGGCCAACGCGCGGGAGCGUGACAGGACGCACAGCGUCAACACGGCCUUCACCACCCUGCGCACGCUCAUCCCCACCGAGCCUGCCGACAGGAAGCUCUCCAAAGUGGAGACGCUGCGUCUAGCGUGCAGCUACAUCUCCCACCUUGCUAACGUGUUGAUGCCGGGGGAGGAAAGCCGCGAUGGUCAGCCGUGCCUCCGCCACCAGGCCGGCGUGCACUGCCCCGCGCAGCGUAGCGCGCCGCCGCUGCGGGCCAUCUGCACCUUUUGUCUAAGCACCCAGAGAAAGCAGCAGCUCAAAGAUGGCACCAAGCGUUCAACUAAAGCUUAAGGCCUCGGACCCACAUGGAGCGGUCGUGCAAGUUUACAUUUGUACAUAUUUAAAAUAUUUAUUCUUAAUUUAAAAGGUAGGGAAAAAGAAAAUGGUCACCGAAAUGCACUUUCUAUUGCCAUCAUUUGUGCCUGUGAAGCAACCUGUGUUUUGGUUGAGCUGCAACCUGAGCCCAUGUGUAAGGUUGCACUAUUUUGGUCCCAACAACCCCGACGUAGCUAUUACUACAGGAAGUAGACCUUGAUCAAAUACUUACAAUGUUGCUUUUUGCACAAAACAUCACUCUUAACGAUGCACACGGCCCUUUUGAACAAGGUGUUUAGAAAUUGUGCAUACUGUAUUUACAACACAAAUAUAUAACCCUCUGAAGCAAUGUUGCACUACCUCAAACAUGUUUACCUCAACAUCAAAUGUGUAACAUUACUGUAUUUG